GCUGUCCGAUAAACCCUUCUUAUCGUUUUUUCACCUCAAUUACCCCUUUUCUAUCGCUCUCCGCCCCCCCGCCCCCAACCCGCCGGGAGAGGUAGUGUAGAGGGAAAAGAAAUCAGAAGUGCUGUGCCUAAAACAAUUUCUUUCUCAUUAUAGAUCCCACUAGUCUUUAAACACGAUUGUCCCAUAUAUAUACAACACUCCAUUGAAAAGGAUUCUUGAGAAAAAAUCUGUCCCCGUGUCUUCGCAUGCUUAGGUUUUUUGCAGUGCCCUGACUUCUGUUGCAUAGGUUUUCGGUUUCAAGUGCAAGAUAUCACUUGGGAUUGAUUUUUAGAUAUUUUUGGCCUUGUAGUGUUUAUUUAUAUUUUUGUUUGAAUAAUAUGUUGGUUUUACACUUUAAAUUAGGGUUUAUGGUUCUUUGUUGUCUUCCAUUGGUUUUAGGCAAUAAUGGGGAAAAAGGUUAAGAAGAAGGCAAGAAGUGGUCAAAAGGAAAAACGAGGUUCUUCCUCUUCUCCAAAACCAAUUUCCCAACAAGGCAUUGACAAUGUUGAAAUUCAUGAGAGUGGAGGGGCAGUUUUAAAUGAUAGAAGAGUGUGUUCCCAUAUUGUCAAGGGAAUUAAUUUGGAGAAUCUUUCUUCUAAACUUGGGUCGUCAGAACCUAUUGCAUGUGAAGAUUGUCGUGUUAAUGUGGCAGAUAGACGGGGUAGCAGAGGAAAAGCUAAGCAUGGGAAGAAGGGAGGGAGGGAUUCAAAAUCGGAGUGUAAAGCAAUUUGGGUUUGUUUGGAAUGCGGACAUUUCUCCUGUGGAGGUGUGGGAUUCCCAACCACGCCCCAAAGUCAUGCAGUUCGACAUGCGAAACAGAGGCAUCAUCCGCUGGCUGUCCAGUAUGAAAAUCCUCAACUGCGGUGGUGUUUUCCUUGCAAUACAUUAAUUUCAGCUGAAAAAUCAGAUGAGCACAAUGAUGUCUUACAUGAAAUUGCAAAAAUGCUAAGGGAGCAACCUCCUGAAGGGUCUAAUGCAGACGUUGAGGAUGUGUGGUUUGGGGCUGGCAGUGUGACUGGUGGAAUGAAAGAAAACUCUGUAUCAAUUGGUUCAGAUAGAAGAGGUAAUUAUUCGGUUACAGGUAUUGUUAACUUGGGGAAUACAUGUUUCUUUAAUUCAACUAUACAGAAUUUAUUGGCUAUAAAUAAAUUACGGGAUUACUUUUUUAAAUUAGAUGAAUCUGUUGGUCCACUUACUGCUGCUCUGAGAAAGCUUUUCCUUGAAACCAGCCCAAAAGCUGGUAUAAGUAGUGUGAUAAAUCCGAGGUCUUUAUUUGGUAGUGUUUGUUCCAAGGCUCCCCAGUUUAGGGGGUAUCAGCAACACGAUAGUCAUGAAUUGCUUCGAUGUUUGCUCGAUGGAUUGUACACUGAAGAUUUGAGUGCAAAAAAGCACAUCAAUUCAUCUCAGGAUGAUGGGAAAUCUAUGGACACAGAUCCCACAUUUGUGGAUGCUAUAUUUGGUGGGAAACUUUCAAGCACAGUUAGUUGUUUAGAAUGUGGGCACUCUUCAACUGUUUAUGAGCAAUUUUUGGACCUGUCAUUGCCAGUUCCUACUAAGAAGCCUCCAUCCAAAAGGGUGCAGGCAGUCUCUCGAGGCAAGAAACCAAAAUUGCCUCCGAAAAGAAGUGGAAAGAUUCGCUCCAAAGUCACCAAAGAUGCAUUUAUACUACCAGCUCAAAGUGUUGCUGACCAAUCAAGUGGUGACAAGUUUUCGGGAGAGGUGCAGUCGAGUUUACUUCCAGCAGAGCAAUUAGCGGUAUCAGAUUCCACUAACACAAAUGAUAUUGCUAACGAUAUGGGUUUGUCACCCUGGGAUCUUUCGGCUAUGGAAAAGUCUGAUUACCAGCAAGGAAUUGAGAAUGUUGGAGGGAAGUCAAGUUCACCAGAUAGUUCUGCAUGGCUAGAAUAUGUUGAACCAAAUGCAGCAUCAGAUAACAUUGAUAUGGCCUCAGAAAUUGAUGAUCUUUCAGAAAACCAGGGUACAGCUAAUGAAAAUGCUCAUCAGAAUAAUGGCACUUUUCUGAAUGCUCUGGAAUCUAGUAGAGAGUGCAAUUCACUACAUUUGACCUCAGCACCUUCCUCAGACAAUGUCAGACUGUUGAACUCUCUUGAACAAGGUAUAUCUGCCAGCGAGCAUAUUUUGGUUUCACAAUCUGAUGAGAAAUGUUUGCCUAAAUGUUCCGUGAUCAAGGAAGCUAUUCAGGAUGAUACUGAUUUAGAAGGUAGCUCAGAAUCCUGCAAUCAGGUUUGCAAUAAAGGUUCAAAUCCUGAUGUCAGUUCUUCAAGGAGAGAUGAGGAAUUGCCAUUACAGAUUCAAGAUUCUGAAGUUCUGUUGCUUCCGUACAAAGAAGAUGCCCCAACUAUUGACGAGGUAUCAAAAGGAGAAAAUGAGGUCUCCUCUUCGGCUCUUUGUGGUGAACAAGAUUCCUUAGAAUUUGACGGAUUUGGAGACUUGUUUAAUGAACCUGAGGCUGUGAUUGAAAGCAAUCACACAGGUUCUUCUGAGGCAAGUGAAAUCAUUAAAAGUGGAUUUGGUGUUGGAAACAGCAGUGGUUCUGAUCAAGAUGAGGUUGAUAAUACUGAUGCUCCAGUUUCUGUAGAGAGUUGUUUGGCCUAUUUCACAAAGCCAGAACCUCUUUCCAAGGAUGAACAUGGUUGGCAAUGUGAUAAUUGCUCAAAAGUUUUACAAGAACGAAUGGUUAGAUUGAGGGUGAAAUUACAAAAAGCCAGAUCAGAAAUUGCACUCGAUGAUUUUGAUGAUAGGAAUCUAAGUGAUCCAUUGACUCAAGGCAAAAAUUGUGCUAAAGUAAAAUGUGUGAUUGGGAAUGUGGAAAAAUAUGUACCUCACACAUCUGAUGACAGCUUAAAGAACAUAGAGGUUAUUGAUAAUAGAAAUUCAAUGCUUGAACACAAUCCACAAGCUGAGUUGAAUCCAAUAGCUCCCCAGAUAGAAGACAGAAAACCAGGUAACGCAAGUGCUUGUCCUGGUCCAGCAGAGGUUUCACGUUCGAGUUGCCGAAAUGGUGUUAAUUGCAUUGUAAAUGAUGAAUUCUGUGGUGAAAGUGGCAUCAAUACAACUCAAUCUGGAGAGGCUGAUGAAUUUGCUGAACAAAGUGAAUCAGAAUUAAGUGAGGAAGACGAUGUGGAUUCAGAAAAGUUGAAAGUGAAGAGGGAUGCAACUAAGAGAAUAGUCAUCGAUAAGGCUCCUUUUAUCUUGACAAUCCAUCUAAAAAGGUUCAGCCAAGAUGCUCGAGGUCGAUUGAGUAAAUUGAAUGGCCAUGUGAAUUUUAAAGAGACAAUUGAUCUCAAAAGAUACAUGAAUCCCAGGUGUACUGAAAGAGACGUGUAUGUGUAUCGUCUGGUUGGAGUGGUGGAGCAUUUGGGGACCAUGAGAAGUGGCCACUACGUUGCAUAUGUAAGAAGUUCCAAGGGUGAGAAUGGAGAUAGCGUGUGGUAUCAUGCCAGUGAUGCUCAUGUGCACGAAGUUUCCUUGGAGGAAGUUCUUCGCUGUGAAGCCUACAUUUUAUUCUAUGAGCGUACUUGAGGAAGAUCUCUCUCUCUCUUUUUUCUUUUUUCUUUUUUUUUUUUAUUGUUUUCUUUUUGUUGUGAAAUUGAGUGGGAGGUAGGGAGAGAUGGGGAGAGAGAUGAGUGUACAAUACCGAUAACCUAAUAGUCAAUACACAAAUUUUUUUGGGCUGCAAAAUGUGAAAAUGUAUAAUUUUAAAAUUCAACAUUGGAUAAUGUUGUUUUCCAGUUAUUGGAGAAGGAUUUUUAAGUUUUGGGUUGGAUAAUUCAUAUAGUUUCCAUGUUCACUUGAGAGGGAAUAAAGAGACCCCCUUUAGAAUCUUUUACUAGAAUAGGAAUGAGUUGCAUUAUGCAAAAUAGAAUACAUUCAUUCGACUUCUAAUAGCUUUUCUUGACUAGGCUUGAGUCGCCCGCUCAUCAUAUAACUUUACACAUUGUACCUACUCUCGAUUAGGGUGACUUUUUGAUGAAUUUCCAUGCUAAUAGUUUUACUCCACUGUUGCUACGUGGUUAGCAUUGAAUUGUAGUUUCAACCACACAUCCUAAUACAAUAUGAGUAAUGUUAUAUAGCACUAUUAUUGCUUAA